AUGGCUGCAUUGAGACCCGAACAUCCGCCCGAAUUUCCUUAUAUUGGUGAUAUAUCACAAUAUGAGCGUAUCGAUAAGAUUGGACAAGGAACUUUUGGAGAAGUAUUCAAAGCUCGAUGUAAAAAAACGAAUGAUUUAGUGGCAAUGAAAUUAAUAUUGAUGGAUCAAGAAAAAGAAGGUUUUCCAAUAACAGCAUUAAGAGAAAUCAAAAUACUUCAAGAAUUAAGGCAUGAUAAUAUUGUUCGAUUAAUUGAAGUAUGUAGAUCUCCAAUGCACGAUAAAACAAUGAGAAGUAAAUUUUUUUUUAUAUUUGAAUUUUGUGAUCAUGAUCUAGCUGGUAUAUUGAGAAAUAUUCAAAUUCAAUUUACAUUGGGACACAUCAAAUCGAUUUUACAGCAAUUAUUAGAUGGUUUGUAUUACAUUCAUAAAAAUCAUAUUAUUCAUCGUGAUAUAAAAUCAGCGAAUAUAUUGCUAACAAGAAAUGGAGUAUUGAAACUUGCCGAUUUUGGUUUAGCAAAAGUCAUUGCUCCACCAAAACCAAAUCAACAGAAUCGUUAUACAUGUCGCGUUGUCACACUAUGGUAUCGACCACCGGAAUUGCUAUUAGGUGAAAGAGAUUACGGUCCCGCAAUUGACAUGUGGGGUGUGGGAUGUAUUAUGGCAGAAAUGUGGAUUCGUUCUCCUAUCAUGCAAGGAAAUAGUGAACAACAUCAAUUAGAAUUAAUAUCUCAUUUGUGUGGAAGCAUCGAGCCAUCUGUAUGGCCCGGUGUUCAAAGUCUUCCCUAUUUUACAAAAUUAAAUUUACCAAAAGGUGAAAAACGUAAAGUCCGUGAACGUAUGCAACGUUGUAUUCAGGAACCAUUAGCACUUGAUUUAAUUGAAAAAUUAUUAACACUCGAUCCAAAACAACGUAUUGAUGCUGAUGCAGCUGUGAGUUCUGACUUUUUUUAUUCUGAACCGCCGUUAAUGGAAUUAAAAACAUUAUUAUCAAAAUAUCCGUCGAUGUUUGAAUUAAAAGAAGUAUCACGGAAUAUACAUAAUCAACGAAUGAAACCACAACGUCCAAAUGUUCCGAAUUUACCAUCGGAACCAAUUUACUAG